CAAAGUUUAACAACACAAGGAGAAAUUUAAUAUUUUCCUUUGGAAAUUACAAUUAAGUUUAUUUUUAUACUUAUAAAAUAAACUUUACUAUACUAAUAAAAGAAUUUCAAAUUAAUUGCAAAAUUAAGUGCAGAAUUUAACAGUAACUUCCUACUUUUUAUUUCAUAGAAAAUGGACUUUCAAAACCGACCUGGAGGAAAAACCGGAGGCGGUGGUGUGGCCUCAUGGUCAGAAACCAAUCGUGACAGAAGAGAGAGAUUACGUCAAUUAGCUCUUGAAACUAUUGAUUUGAAUAAAGAUCCGUAUUUCAUGAAAAAUCAUCUAGGAUCAUAUGAAUGCAAACUAUGUCUCACAUUGCAUAAUAAUGAAGGAAGUUAUCUAGCUCACACUCAAGGAAAAAAACAUCAAGAAAAUUUAGCAAGACGUGCUGCAAAGGAAGCGAAAGAAGCUCCAACACUAAUGGCACCAGAAAAGCCACGCGUUGAACCAAAAAAAUUUGUUAAAAUUGGCCGACCUGGAUACCGAGUUACAAAACAGAGAAAUCCAGAAAAUGGACAGCAAUCUUUAUUAUUUCAAAUUGAUUAUCCAGAAAUAUCCGAUGGAGUAGUUCCACGUCAUAGAUUUAUGUCGGCAUAUGAGCAAAAAAUAGAACCGCCUGAUCGUAAAUGGCAAUAUUUAUUAUUUGCAGCAGAACCAUAUGAAACAAUAGCGUUUAAAGUACCUUCGCGUGAGGUUGAAAAAAGUGAGGGAAAAUUUUGGACUUACUGGAACCGCGACACAAAGCAAUUUUUCUUACAAUUUUCGUUCAAAUUUGAACCUAAAAUCAUUCCACCUCCUCCUCCUAAUAUGAGAAUGAUGCAUCUACAUUCGAAUUUACGGUACAACCCAGUACCUCCUCCACCACCUAUGGGCGUACUUCCUGUACCACCGCCGCCAAUGUAAAAGGUAUCUCUAUUAGAAACUAACCAUCUGGAACCAGAAAUCAUUUUUAUCAAAAAAAAAUGUGUAGCAAUAAUACUAAUAAUGUAAUAUAAAAAAGAAACAUUUUACAAAAGCUUAAA